GAAGAAGUUUCUAGAGUCCUGUUACGUCCUGGUUGUUUUGGAGCGAACCUCCGUCCCUGUGCAUGUUUUCAGCCGGCGGGUUCUGCUCGGACGGAUUGCUCGGCUCUCAGCAGAGAUGUUCGGGUGUUUAGUCGCCGGCAGGCUGGUGCAAACCGACGCCCUGCAGGUCGCACCGGACAAGUUUGUGUUCAACCUGGCGGACUACGAGAACGUGAAUCACGUGGUGGUGUUCAUGCUGGGCUCGGUGCCGUUUCCCACCGGCACAGGAGGAGCCGUCUACUUCUCCUUUCCCGACCCACUGAGAGGCGGCCCGGUGUGGCAGCUGCUCGGCUUCAUCACCAACGAGAAGCCCAGCGCCAUCUUCAAGAUCUCCGGGCUGAAGUCCGGGGAGGGCGGCGCGCACCCCUUCGGGGCCAUGGCCUCCGCGCAGCCGUCCGUGGCUCAGGUGGGCGUGUCCGUGGAGCCCCUGGAGCAGCUGCUCCAGCAGAUCCCGGUGUCCAGCGCCGCCGUGUCCACCGUGGACACGUUCAUGCAGUUCACCCAGAAGAUGCUGGACAGUCUCUACAACUUCGUCUCGUCCUUCGCCCUGACGCAGGCGCAGAUGACGCCGAACCCCACAGAGACCUUCAUCCCGUCCAGCUGCGUCCUCAGGUGGUUCGAGAACUUCCAGAGAAGGAUGGCCCAGAACCCGAACUUCUGGAAGAACUGAUCACCAACAGAGCCUGCAGGACUUUCACGUGCCUCCAUGUUGACAAUAUAUGUAAUAAAGUUUGUCUUUUUGCUGAAUUUGAACUUUUUAGUCUCUGAGUUUGGACCUU